AUGGGUUAUAGUGUCAGCCUGUUCAUAUCUAUCUAUGUAUUUCAGCCUGUUCAUAUCUAUCAAUCUCUGUUCAUGUCUCUCUCAAACUGGUCAUGUCUAUCUAUCUAUUUCAGCCUGUUCAUAUCUAUCUAUUUCAGCCUGUUCAUAUCUAUCUCUGUCCAUGUCUCUCUCAAACUGUUCAUAUAUAUCUAUCUAUUAGCCUGUUCAUAUCUAUCUAUCUCUGCCCAUGUCUCUCUCAAUCUGUUCAUAUCUAUCUAUUUCAGCCUGUUCAUAUCUAUCUAUCUAUCUAUCUAUCUAUCUAUCUAUUUCAGCCUGUUCAUAUCUAUAUCUGUCCAUGUAUCUCUCAAUCUGUUCAUAUCUAUCUAUUUCAGCCUGUUCAUAUCUAUCUAUUUCAGCCUGUUCAUAUCUAUCUAUCUCUGCCCAUGUCUCUCUCAAUCUGUUCAUAUCUAUCUAUAUAUCAAAUCUUGUUCAUAUCUAUCUAUCAAAAUCUGUUCAUAUCUAUCUAUCUAUCUAUUUCAGCCUGUUCAUAUCUAUCUAUCUAUCUAUCUAUCUAUCUAUUUCAGCCUGUUCAUAUCUAUCUAUCUCUGCCCAUGUCUCUCUCAAUCUGUUCAUAUCUAUCUAUCUAUUUCAGCCUGUUCAUAUCUAUCUAUCUAUUUCAGCCUGUUCAUAUCUAUCUCUGUCCAUGUCUCUCUCAAACUAUUCCCAUCUAUCUAUCUAUCUAUCUAUCUAUCUAUCUAUCUAUCUAUCUACUUUUUUAUUUUUAUUUUUUUAAGCAAUUCACCCCAAAAGAAGGCCACUUUAUCUAUCUAUCUAUCUAUCUAUCUAUCCUUAAGUCUUCUUAUCUACUUGUGUGUAUUGACAUCUAUCGCAGUCUGUUCAAAUCUAUCUAUCUAUCUAUCUAUCUAUCUAUCUAUCUAUCUAUCUAUCUAUCUAUCUCAGUCUAUCUAUCUAUUAACAUACUUCUUCUCCGGUCCCGACAACUCUCUUACAUCCGGGUUAAACUGUAUAUCUAAUUUACUUCUCUCUCUCUCUCUCUCUCUCUCUCUCUCUCUCUCUUUCUUUCUUUCUUUCUUUCUUUCUAUCUAUCUAUAUCCCCGCUUUGUUUUCCUUUAUUGGUUUACUAAACCUUAUAGCCACGUUUUGGAAGUCAUUCAUGGCGGUCAUGCUUAA